UAAUUCACAGUAAAAUUAUGGAUAACCGUUGGUUUUCACUACCGAAACAUCAUAAUAUUCGAGUACAAUAAAUAUACAGAAAUGGAUCAUUCGCAUCGGAAAGCAGUAAAGGAAUUUAUGAUCGGUUUCCUGCUAUAAGAACGUUAAAAUCGCGUGACGUCACAACAAUGCAAAGGCUUAGGGCAAAGGGCAAAGCAGAUCGAUGAGACAAGUCAUUGCGACUAUAACUAGUAGAGGCUUGAGUGAAUCUAUCACAUUGGCGGGUAACGUGGAGAUUCGUGUAGGCCUGCUAGUACCGCUACAAAUGGAGCGAGAGGACAGCGGCAUCGACAGCGAGGACGCCGCCUGUAUACCCGGCAUGCGCUUACCCGGAGGAAACAAUAUAGUGGACUGGAGCAGCAGCGAUGACGAAUUUAUUAUUGGCGGUGAAAGAAAUAAUGCGAAGAACAUGCAGGAUGGUUGGGUGGAUUUCGUCGGGAUGGAUUACCCAAUGGUGCCGCUAGUGAGUCGGGACGUUACUAUCGACUCUCAACAUAUCGGGUGCAGUAGUCCUGAUAGUUCGUCUCCACUAUACGAGGUCGAGCUCACCGCUUCGGAUGAAGAUGAUGACACGUCCAAUGUAGAAGUUGUAAUACCAAUUACUAAUCAACAGCACAAGAAGGUAUCGACUGGAGAAUUACUACUACAUAUCUUCUAUGACAUACUAUGCUGCCUCCCUAACCGCAGAUCACUGUCGUAAAUAGAAUGUUGUUGACCUCAUAGACAAAGUCACAUGCGAUUAGCACUGUAAUAAAUCGUAAUGUAAAAAUGCCAACAUGUAAAGAAAUAAUUACGCGUUUAAUACGUAAUAUAUCGCAUGUUCGUCACUUCUAUAUUUUCUACUUCUGUGGUUGCCUCGUUCAUUGUAACAUUGUCUAUGGGAAGACUUUUCAUAAUGUAUCUGCUUUGUCAUUUUUAAAAUAUUUGCAACUAACAUAAACAUUCAUUUUGUGUGCAUGAUUAUUAAUAACGUUAGUUUUUUAGAGCCUGUCCCACCAAAUUGUAAAUUGUCUGAUAACAAUCCAACGUGUAAAAUAUGUAAUGGAAAUAUCGGAUUUUGUUCCCUUAUCUGUCGUAAAUUUUAAGCUAUCUGAGCUAGCUAGUAUCAGCCAGCGGGGGGACAGGCUCUUAAUCUCGUAAUGUAUUUUAGUAAAUGUGCGAAUAUUUGUAAGUUUCAAUUCAGUUGUAAAAUCUAAAUUUUAUACCUUUUACGUGAGAUUUAUUUAUAAAUAUUUUGCACUUUACUUUUGUAAAAGAAUA